CCACGCCGUUCGAAUUCUGAAAGCAUCUGAAAGUAAACACAAUUGGUGCCAUACUCCGUUACUCCAAAGGACUCACGCUGACCCUUUCAAAGCAGGCACCUCAUAUACCUCCCCCAGGGAAUUCUGGAAACUCCAUCCAUAACCAACAGAGCUUGACAAAACAAAAAACAAAGAUCACGACGGAUGGAGUCUAGAAGUCAAUGAACUACAUACCCCAAAGUUGAUUAGGUGAAUGUUUAAACUGUUCACAAUCAUGUCCAACGUUGUGAAAAUCGAUGGAAGCUUGGGAGAAGGCGGAGGACAAGUGCUGAGGAUUGCCCUAUGUCUAAGUGCACUUUAUAAAAUUCCUGUCGAGAUUGAUAAUAUCAGGGCAGGACGAGCAAAACCAGGGCUAGCUGCACAGCAUCUCAAAGGUGUAGAAAUAGCUCGUGAUAUGUGCAAUGCCAAAAUAAAAGGAGCGUACGUCGGUUCAACGCGUCUGGAGUUCCACCCAGAGUCCCUAUCGAAAACUGGAAAGCGAGAAUUUUACGCUGACACACAGACAGCAGGGUGUAUCGCCCUGCUGGCCCAAGUGGCAGUACCAAUUGCUUUAUUCCUUCCUGCUGGCAAUCGCCCGGUUGUCCUGACCCUCAAAGGUGGGACCAAUGUUCCCAUGGGUCCACACAUCGAGUUCUUUACUGAAGUCUUCAAGCCCUGGCUCAAUAAAUUCGGAGGGGACUUUGAUUUCACUGUUGUUAGGAGAGGAUACUAUCCAAAAGGUGGUGGUGAGGUAAAUCUACGAAUAAAGCCAAUUAAAAAUUUGAAACCAAUCGAAGUGAUUAACCAGGGUAAUAUCAAAGGAAUCUCUGGAUGGGCAUAUGUAGCUGGCUCUGUGCAUCUAAACGCAGCGUAUCAAAUGGCUGAAGAAGUUAAAGACUUUCUUUCCAAAGAACUGGAGAAAAAUGAGAUUGAAGUUCCUCCAAUAAACAUUGAGGGGUAUAGAGAAGACAGGAACAUGGCUGUGGGCAAUGGAUCCGGCAUCAAUGUCGUAUGCCAAACCGACACUGGAUGUGUAUUCGGAGGCUCUGGACUGGGAUCGAAUAGAGACGCUACCAAUCCUCCUCAGGAGGCAGUUGAACAAAUCAUGAACCCCAUAAUCAAUAGAUCGUGUGUGGAUGCUCACAUGCAGGAUCAACUUAUUCUGUUGAUGGCCCUUGCCAGAGGUACUUCCAAAGUCUCCAUUGGGUCCCAGAAAGUCACACAGCACACAGAGACCGCUAUUGAAAUCGCCAAAAUAAUGUUGAAAGACCGAGGACUCAAUUUCGAACUGAAAAAUUGCAACGAAACCGAUCCCAAGGGUUUUGUCCUCGAAUGUAAUGGCUGCGGUCUUACCAAUGACACGUAAAUAAACUCCAGAAUGAAUUUGUCACUGA